UAAAUCUCAAUAUCUAAAAAUAACUAGCUUCAGAAAGCAGUCACAUGGUUACAAGUUUUCUAUAAACUCACGAUACCUAUUGACUUUCAACAGUUUUAGUAUAAGAUCUCCAAGAUGAUGAUGGGGAAGUUCGUUAAACAAUCAAACACAGGUUUAAAGGUUCUACAAAGGACUCUACACCAACAAGUCGUUGCAAAAGUGCCACAGAACAAUCCUCGAGAAACGUCCCUGUCUUCUUGGACAGCCCAACACAUUUCUGACUUUUCCUCAAAGCAACUCUCUGAUCGUGUGACAUACCGGAGUAAACGUAUGAUUCUUGACAUUCUUGGAGUUGGCCUGAUCGGGUCCACGACAACAUUCUCCAAAGACAUGCAGCAUUUUGCAGAGGUCACAGAUCGCAUCAGCAAUCAUGAACCAGCCAUAAUUUGGGGUACAAACAACAGACGGACUGGACCAGCAAUGGCGGCCUACAUUAACGGAUCCAACUGUCACUCGAUGGAUUUUGACGACACCUGGCACCCUGCUACACACCCCAGUAGUCCAAUUCUCCCAGCAUUACUUGCACUGGCGGACUUUCUUCCGGAAAGGUAUAGGCCCUCACUGCAAGACAUUCUGGUUGCCUUUAACUGCGGAGUCCAAAUCCAGGGAAUCUUACUCCGGUGUUCUUCUCAAUCCAAAAACAUUCCAAACAGACUACACCCACCGGCAAUUGUGGGGGUAAUGGGAAGUGCUGCCGCAUCAGCCAAUCUUCUCGGUCUGUCUCCUAAGAAAUGCCUUCAUACUUUGGCGAUUGCUGCUUCAUUUGCUGGCGCCCCAAUGGCCAAUGCCGGUACGCUCACCAAACCUCUCCAUGCUGGGAAAUCAGCACGAAGUGGGCUUGAGGCGGCUCUACUGGCUGACAAAGGCAUCGAAGGGAAUGAGAACAUCCUCGAUAUGGAAUCUGGAUUUGGGGCCUUUUAUCCAGACUACGAUCCACAGACCCUUUUAGAUGAAGUACGAGUAUCUGAGAAUUUAAUUCUUCACAAUCAGGAUAUCGCCAUUAAAAGUUACCCCUGCCACCUUGGAAUGCACUGGGCAAUUGAUGCCUCACUCCAAGUCCGAAAGCAAGUAUCAGAGAUAUAUGGCGAACUCGACGUGAAUUUUGUGAGAUCUGUGGAAAUCUUUGCUCCCAAAUCCAAAUACAUCAAUAGGCCAAUUCCAAAUACAGAGCAUGAAGCAAGACAUUCCUUCCAAUUUACCGCCGGCUCUGCUCUCAUUGAAGGUAUGGUGUCCCCAGACACAUUUAAAUUUCAUGAUAUCGUACAAGAAAGGAAGGAUCUCUACACUUUACUGAGGAAAACGUCCAUUAUCAAUCCAGACAACAACAAACCCUGCUUUGACACUAUGUUCGUCGAUGUUAUUGUCACCCUGAAAAAUGGAGAAAAGUUUUCUGCCCGAUGUAAAGAACCAUAUGGGCAUUGGAGAAGACCUAUGAAAGACCAAGAUUUAAAGAACAAGUUUUUGGCAAAUUCCAGUCUGCUUCCUGUGUUCAAUCAGGCAAAGAUAAUUAAACUAGUCAGCAAAAUGUCGGCUACCCAUACUUCUAGCGAGCUCUCGAAUUUAAUGAGUACGUAAAACGACGACAAUACGCAAGUUUCAAGUCAAGAUCUCUUCUGAGAAGUGUAGUGACAUUUAUGGCUGCUCUGAAUGUCAAAGUAUGACAGAAUGCACCGACAGUCUGUGAGGAAAACGAUAUACAAUCAUAAAAAUUGUGUUUAAAGAUGUAAAUGUAGGAAAUUUUGAAUAUUAUCGAAAGAAAUGUUUUGCGAAAAUGAAGACGUAAAAACAACCAUGUCAUAAUUGCAAGUAAUAUCCUAGAUCCGGUACAGUGUAUGUACGGACAACAAAAUAACGUGAUUUCAUAAUUUUAUAACAUUUUAUGAGCUUAUUUUACCCUUAAUACGUACAUGUACCUCUUAGUUUGUAUAUCAAGCGAAUUUGGCUGAUGAAACUGCGUUUGUGAUUUCCCUUUAUGCAAUGAUGGAUAUUUGUCCCACUCACCGCGUUUAAACAAAUUGUUCCGCGCCUUACUGUAUACAAAAUUUCUUUAAAGGGACAUAACUCGGACGCAUCACAAAACUUGUGCAAUGAAGCGACAGCUAAUGAUCUGGUUGUGAUACAUUCUGCGUUAUGUAGCGUGGCUUGAAUUUGUUCAUUGAUUGCUUUUACACGCAUUCUAUAGUCAUUGUAUUUGCAUUGUUCUUUGUUAUUGAAAUAAAAGGUUGACGGUUUGUCAAUAAACCUUC